GAGAAACAAGAGAUCGCAGCAAUUCCAUUAAUACUUUCUAGCCACUUGUUUAUACAAAAGCUCCAACAACUAAUUAACAUCUACAACUAUUUAUCAGUCUCCUAUAUACGUACGUACAUCCAAUAUUUUAAGGAAUGUCUAAGCCCCAGCUUCUGUCUCAAUGCCUAUUUCUAUUGCUCCUAGUACAGAUCUGUCAUGUCUCCCAUGCUGAUGUUGGCACAGCUGCCCACUACAGACCUCCUUAUUUGCCCACCGCGUGUUUCGGAAGUGAUGCGGAACAAUUCCCAUCGAGCAACCUGUUCGGGGCGGCCGGAGAGGGGAUAUGGGACAACGGUGCCGCCUGCGGGAGACAAUAUUUGGUGCGGUGUAUAAGCGCACGUGUCCCUCGAACAUGCAUUCCGGGCCAAACCAUUCAAAUAAGGAUUGUUGAUCGUGCACUUACUUCCGUCUCUAGGCCUUCCACGGAUGAUACAACCAUGGUUCUUUCUACAACUGCUUUUGAAACAAUUGCCAACGCUUCCGCUGCAUUCAUUAAUGUAGAAUUCUUACAGGUUUGAAGCGGAGAUACAAUAUUGAUUUAUUAUGGAGCUGAACCUCAUUUUUUUGCUUCUAGAUUUUUGGGGGGAAACAUAAUGUAUUUACUUGAUUAGGUCGAAGUUUUUCUUCAUGAUUCAUAAUUAUGUACAGCUGAAUUGUAUUUGGUCAUGUUCG